UACGCGACUGCCAGGGCUUGCUCCCGCUGCCUCCCGCUGCCUUGCCGAUUUUGAGGCCUCACUUGAUCGCAUAAAUGGAUUCGAGAGGCUGAGAACUGCAUCAUUGAUUAAGAAAUAGGAUGGCCGACUUGGACGGUCCGUACGACGUCCCGUGCGGCAGCGACGGCGACGAUGCAGCAGCAGCUGAUAACACAGACCAAGAGGCUGCCACGAGCGACGCCGACCUAAGAUUACCACCCUUGCCACCCCCACUCAAGACGCGGAACCUCGAGUUCUGCUGCGGCGCGACGACCAUCCUGACCUGCGUUUUUAUUGCUGUGGGCGUCGCGGCCGCGGUCAUCUUCGCGCCGUCGAGCAAUUUGAGUUUCACCGCCAAAAUAGUGUGCGCCGUGCUCGUCGGCGUCGAAUGCUUGGUUGCGGUUAUCUCGCUGCUUGUCAUCGGCUUCGGCGAUCCAGGUAUAGUAAAAAGGACGCCCGCGACGAUAAAUCCGAUCCCCAAAGAAGUCGCCGAGCGCUUGAGAGCGGGCGAAGGCCUGGACGGCCUCCAGAACUUCGUGGACGAGAGUCGGGGCGUCUACUGCGUCAAGUGCUGCGUCUGGCGGCCGAGGAACGCCGUGCACUGCACGACGUGUCGACGGUGCUGUCGCGACCACGACCACCACUGCGGCUUUUAUGGGCGGUGCAUCGCGAAGAAGAACCUCACCUACUUCUUUGCGGUGGGCCCGGCGGGUUGGGCCGCGAUUGUCACUUGUAUUGUUUUUGCUGCUUUAGCGCUCGCGCCACCAAUAAGAUAACAGCACUA